GGGCCGGGGUCCGGUUGCCAUGGGGCUGAGGCUGGAGCUGUCGCUGCUGUUCGCCGCCGGCGCCGUGUGCGGCUACUCCCUGACCUGCCUGGGCCUGCCGCUGCUGACCGGCCUGGUGCUGCUGGGCCUGGGCACCUGCCUGGCCUCCCUGGUCUGCCACCGGGCCUGGGGCAGGGCCGAGCGGGCCGGCAAGGCCUGUGUCCUGGUGCUGGGCGACCUGGGCCGCAGCCCCCGCAUGCAGUAUCACUCCCUGUCGCUGGCCAGGCACGGCCUCGCCGUCACCCUGCUGGGCUACCCUGGUGCGAAACCCCAUCAAGACGUUUUAUACAAUGAAAAGAUUAAGAUUUUUCACAUCCCUGAAAUAACAGCGGUUAAAUUUGGACCAAGGAUUUUCCAGUACGGUAUCAAAGUCUUUGCACAGACCAUACAAAUAUGUUAUAGUCUUCUGAAGAUUGAUGCACCUGCAUACAUUCUUCUGCAGAAUCCACCAGGCCUCCCUGCUAUAGCAGCUGCGUGGGCAGUAUGUUUGCUGAGAGGUAGUAAGCUUAUUGUCGACUGGCACAAUUAUGGUUAUACCAUCAUGCAACUAACACACGGAGAACGUCACCCUAUUGUUCUGAUCGCCAAAUGGUAUGAAAAGCUUUUUGGAAAAUUCUCCAAUUUUAAUCUAUGUGUUACCAAAGCUAUGCAAGAAGAUUUGAAACAAAAUUGGAAUAUUAAAGCAAUCACACUGUAUGACUGCCCACCGCCCAUCUUUAGAGAAACUCCACUGGAAUUGCAACAUAAGCUAUUUAAAAAGCUUGCCUAUGAGUAUUCCCAAUUCACAGCAAGGAUAGAAUGUGUGUCUCCCAAUAUGGAACAGACUGCCUUUACAGAAAUGAACCUCGAUACCGGGAUUGUUACACAUGUACGAGGAAGGCCAGCGUUAUUGCUCAGCAGUACUAGCUGGACAGAGGAUGAAGAUUUCUCCAUUCUUUUAAAAUCGCUGGAAGAGUAUGAAGGCUUCAUAAUCGACGGCUUUCCAUUACCGUCGCUUAUUUGUGUCAUUACAGGAAAGGGCCCACUGAAGGAAUUUUAUAACAAGCUAAUAGAAAAAAUAAAUUUUAAGUACGUUCAUAUUUGCACUCCGUGGCUGGAAGCAGAAGAUUAUCCUGUACUGCUUGGCUCUGGUGAUCUUGGAGUCUGUCUUCAUAAAUCAUCCAGUGGCCUAGAUUUGCCUAUGAAAGUGGUCGACAUGUUUGGUUGCUGUUUGCCUGUAUGUGCAAUUCAUUUUCAGUGUUUACAUGAACUCGUGAAACAUGAAGAAAACGGUUUAAUAUUUAAAAGUUCCCAUGAAUUGGCCGAGCAACUAAAGCUUCUCUUUACAGAUUUUCGCAGUGAAAAUAGCAAACUAAGCCUCUUUAAAAGGACACUGAGAGAAUCAAAGCAAGUUCGAUGGGAUGAAAACUGGGACCAAAUAGUACUUCCUCUCCUGAUAGAAAAUGAAUGAUAUAUGGGACCACUAAUGUUUAUAAAAUUCUGUUAUUAUGGUGCUGCUGGAAUUCGGUUUGUUGUCGUGACUGACUAGUCUGUGUUGAUAUUUUGGGCAGUAUCACAGGGUGCCUCUGAGGGAGCAGGAGGAAUGCAAUUUGGGUUAAAGUUUUGAGGUGUUUCGGUGCACAUGCUUGCAAUGUGCCAUGUGAUGUAUGAAAUAGGAGCUGAUGAGUGUACAAAAGGGAAGCUUAGCACAAAGAUAAUUAACACUUGCCUUGAUUUAAUCAGAGCCUUAAUUUAAACAACAAAUGCAAUACUGUAUCCAAACUUGAAAUCUAACAACAGACGACUUCGUCUUAAAUCGGUCCUUAAGACUUAAUUUUGAAUGCUAUGAUUUUGACAUUGUUCAGUAAAUUUCCCAACACCUGAAUUCGUGUUCAUCCACAUUAUAGUAUAACAAGUUUAUUUUUAAAAUGUGCGUUGAUAAAAUGGAAAUGAGGGGAAAUGUGAGACUUCAAAGCCAAUUUUUUUUGAACUUCAGGUGUUUAUAGCAACUGAGAAAACCCUGGAAGCUAUAGGCCUUCAUUACACAACUCAUGAUAUGUAUGGAAAUUUUCUGGUCAGUUUUAGCCUUGAGCUUAGUGAAAAUAACUAAUUCCAAUAUUUUCUUCAGAGUGGAUUAUUAAAUGUGAAGAGAAACAUUUAUUUUUNGGUUGUCCGGUAAGUAUUUAUAUUCGGUGGUUUGUAUAUACCGACGGGUAUAACAGAUUACUUAUUAAAGCAUUAUUUUGUAAGAACAAAAAAACAUAAAACUACUUUUUAAAUAAAAAAAAU